CAAACUAAUAUUUCAACUGUGGAGACCCAGCAGUCCGUGAGACUUCAAUGGAGCAGAGCACCAAACUCACAAAAGCUCUGUUUAAGAACAGGAACAAUCCAAAACUAGCAUGGCAACUCUUCAAGCGUAUUUUCUCUUCACCCACAACCGAUCUCCCUCUUAACUCCAUUCCUGCCAUUGCCCACAUCCUCAUUUCCUCAAAGAUGUUUCAAGAACUCGACACACUUCACAAUCUCCUCCUUUCUUUAAAACCCCAAGAAAUUUCUCAUUCUUCCCUUAUUUCACUUGUUAAGAUCUUGGCUAAAGCUGAUUUGUUCGAUAAAGCUUAUACGCAAUUCAAAGCCAUACGCAUUCAUUUGCCUGAAAGCCCGCCUUCUAUCUAUUUGUAUAAUGUUCUCUUCCAAGGUUGUAUUAGAAAAAGUCGUAUAGAUUGUCUCUUGUGGUUGUAUAAAGAUAUGGUUGUUGCUAGGGUUUCUCCGGAGACUUAUACUUUUAAUCUUUUGAUUCGUGCGCUUUGUGAUUCGGGUCAUUUGGAGGACGCGAGGGAGUUGUUUGAUAAAAUGUCUGAGAAGGGUUGUAUACCUAAUGAGUUUAGUUUUUCGAUUUUGGUUCGUGGGUAUUGUAGAGCUGGCCGUGCUAGUGAGGGUUUGGAGGUUUUGGAUUUGAUGACGGUGUUGGGGGUUUCUCCGAAUAGGGUUGUGUAUAAUACUUUGAUUUCAAGUUUUUGUAGGGAUGGUAAGACUGAUGAUGCUGAAAAACUGGUAGAGAAGAUGAGAGAGGAUGGCUUGUCUCCGGAUGUUGUGACUUUCAAUUCUAGGAUAUCGGCUCUUUGUAGGGUGGGGAAGAUUCUUGAAGCUUCUAGGAUAUUUAGAGAUAUGCAGAUAGAUGAAGAGUUAGGACUACCAAGGCCUAAUUCUGUAACAUAUAAUUUGAUGCUUGAAGGAUUCUGCAGGGAAGGAAUGCUGGAGGAAGCUAAGACCAUGGUUGAGACCAUUAUAAAAAAUGGUGGUUUAUUGAACUUGGAGAGUUAUAAUAUUUGGCUGAAGGGUUUGGUCAGGAAUGGGAAGCUUCUAGAUGCUGAAGUAGUUCUUAAAGAGAUGGUAGAUAGUGAAGUAGAACCUAAUAUAUAUACAUAUAACAUAUUGAUGGAUGGGCUAUGCAAGAAUAGAAUGCUCUCUGAUGCAAGGAUGGUUAUGGGUUUAAUGAGAAGCAGUGGUAUUUCCCCAGAUACAAUAACUUAUAGCACUUUACUCCAUGGAUACUGCAGUAAUGGGAAGGUACUUGAGGCCAACAAUGUUCUGCAUGAGAUGAUAAGGAAUGGCUGUUUUCCUACUACUUAUACAUGUAACAUUCUGCUGCAUAGUCUUUAUAUUGAACGGCGGAUAUCAGAAGCUGAGGACUUGCUGCGAAAAAUGAAUGAAAGAGGUUAUGGUUUUGAUACCGUGACCUGCAAUAUUGUCAUUCAUGGUCUGUGUACUGGUGGAAAACUGGACAGAGCAAUUGAAAUUGUAAAUGAGAUGUGGAAUCAUGGAAGUGCCGCUCUUUUUAACUUGGGGAACUCAUUUAUUGGCCUAGUUGAUGAUAGUAAUAGCAGGAAGAAAUGCUUGCCUGAUUUGAUUACAUAUUCAACCAUAAUUAGUGGUUUAUGCAAUGCUGGAAGGCUUGACGAUGCUAAAAAGAAGUUCAUUGAGAUGAUGGGGAAAAAUUUGCAACCUGAUUCGGUGAUUUAUGAUACUUUUAUACAUAGUUUCUGUAAAGAGGGAAAGAUAUCAUCUGCAUUUCGAGUACUUAAAGACAUGGAGAAAAGAGGUUGCAGAAAGAGUGUACAAACUUAUAAUUCAUUGAUCCUGGGGUUAGGAAGUAAGAAUCAAAUAUUUGAAAUUUAUGGACUGAUAGAUGAGAUGAGAGAAAGAGGAGUUUCUCCUAAUGUUUGCACUUAUAAUAAUAUAAUUAGAUGUCUCUGUGAAGGGGGUAAAAUAGAAGAUGCCACUUCCUGUUUAGAUGAAAUGCUGCAAAAGGGCAUACCUCCUAAAAUUUCUUCGUUCAAAAUGCUAAUAAGAUCCUUAAGUAAAGCAAAUGAUUUUAGAUUAGCACAGGAGGCAUUUGAGACUGCUUUGAGCGUAUGUGGCCACAAAGAAGGCCUUUAUAGCUUAAUGUUCAAUGAGUUACUUGUGGCAGGGGAAAUCACCUCAGCUAGAGAGUUAUUUGAACCUUCAUUAGAUAGAUCUUUUGAUUUGGGAAACUUCCUAUACAAAGAUCUCAUCGACAUACUUGCUAAGGAUGAUAAGUUAGAAAUAGCUAGUGGCAUCCUGCAUAAGAUGAUAGAUAAAGGAUAUGGGUUUGAUCCUGCUUCAUUCAUGCCCGUAAUUGAUGCUUUGGGUAAAAGGGGAAACAAACAUGAGGCUGAUGAACUUGCAGAGAGGAUGAUGGAGAUGGCUACAGACAGUAAGGUGGUAAAUAAGGUUCAUCAAAGUACCAGGGAAUUAGUUGACAGAAAAGAAAAUAAGCAUGGUGGAAGUGAUUGGAAGACAAUCUUGCACAGAGAUGAUGGCAGUGGCAUUGCAUUGAAAACUCUUAGGCGAGUACAGAAGGGCUGGGGUCAAGGAAGCUUACCAAGUUUCCAUCCCCAGAAAUAUAACUUCCUUGAUAAUUGGGACGCUGGUAAUGGAGUUUCAUAAUUCCUCAAGAUCUGUGUUCAUUAUUUGCUCUCUGUUGAGAGGACCAACUGAAUGCCAAGAUCAACGACCAUUUGUUAGAACUAAGACUCAGAGGUAGCUUUUCAUUUUGUGGUUGUUCCUCUGAUUGUUGAAAUCAGGGUCUCCUCACAUGCUGGUAUUAGAAGCAUCAAAACAGCAAAUGAUAUGGUGCAAGUUGUGAAGGACUGCAUUCUGAACACCUCUUCCAGUACACUGCUUCAGUGUCACCAGCAUUCGUAAAAAUCAUUUGGCAAGGUCGAUGGAACACAAGCAUAUUUUCUUGCUGUAAAUAACAUCUGGCAAGGUUCAUUGCUUCUUGAUGUGCUUGUUGUGCCUUGAGGAAGUUUCCGAUACUGACUCAAAGUUCACUUGUUAUAUUGCUUAAUUGCUAUACUUUUACUUUUUAUAUACUACACUUCUGCCGAAAUUGACCAAAUGUCAGCAUGUUGAUUUAGGCAAAAACAACAUGAUCUACAAUCCAGAAUAACAAAUAGAAUUUCCAAAUAAAUAGCAAAUAUCUUGAUUUAUCUUAACGCUUCUUUCUGCCUUCCUUUUUUUUUCCUUAAUUGGGUUCCAAUAUUCCGUAGUUUCAUCUGGCUUUAGUUUUAUUAAUGGCCUACUUAAAGUGAUGCGCAGGGACAUGAUUCCGCUUUUUAUUAUUAGAAUCUUUUCCAGGUUUUCAGUAGCAGGCCAGCUCCCUGGAAACAAGAUGCUGUCCCACUUAAAUGGUACUUAAAGUAGGUAUUGAAACUUUAUAAAGCACAUCUUCCAGGUUCCCUGCAACGGUGCGUGUUUCUGAUAUUAUAGUGAUUAAUAUCCCAUUAAAGCUUGGGACUUGAUUUGGUCCCAUCAUUUACACCUCAAUUAUUCCUUGUUCCACUUGUGUUUCUCGAAACUGAAUCAUGGACCCUCUUAUUGUUCUUGGUUGCCACUUAUGCCUCUCAACACAACAAUCAAUAACAUCUUUUAUCUCUUGCAUUGCUUUGAACCUUAUGAGUAAGAUUUCUGGUAAGAUUGUCAAGAAGCUUGAUAGUGGAGUUUGAUUAACUUGUUUAUUUAUUUAUUUUUUCCAUUCCAUUGGUUGCAAAAAACCUCUCAUUA